UCCAAAUACAAGAUGUCAGAAAGUCACUCAAUUCUAUCUAAUAUUUUUAAAAGAGGCAGACUGACCUCGCCUGGCAACAGUGGAAGAUAUUGCAGCUUUAAAGAUUCUGGUUCCCUUUCCAUAUUUCAUGACAGUGGAUACAAUGAAUCAUUAAAAGACCCAAGCUUUGAUUAUAGUGAUGCAGAACAUAAAGGAGAACAGAAUGAGAGAGGCCUGCCUGAGUACUGUAAACAUUCACAUUCUAGUAGUUUAUGCACAGUUUUGUCUCCCGCUGAACAUAAAAAUAUUGCUAUUUUAUCAGAAAGAAAUGAAACCAGUGUACAUACAGACUAUUUUGAAACACCCAGAGUUGCUAAAAAAGACUUGUCACUCCGCAGAAGACUGCUUAUGUCUAAAUCAGCUUCUGCUGGUUCUUUGGGAUGCUCUGAAAAACAAGUAUCUUCAGGGAACAGCCGGAAAAAAACAUGUUUAUUUCACUUUCUUAGCUUUGAUGAAAGAAUUUCAAAAUGUGCCUUGGAUUCUCCAAGAGAAAAGAGCUACAAGCCUUUGGCUACCAGUACUUUAAAAAGUGAAGACCCUAUUUCUGGUUGUCAGAAAUUGAGGCUUGUCUUCUCCCAGCAGAGGACUUCUACAAUAGAUGAUUCAAAGCCUAAAGGCAGCUUCUUGUCAGACUCAGGUUGUUUAUCUCCAAUCCAGCCUACAUCUGCUACAAACACACUUAAGAGUUUCGUUGAUGAUGCCCUUACUAGUUAUAAUGAUCAAAGCACUUGCUCAGAAUUAAUCAUAGCUCCUCAUUGCACUUCAUUUGAAACAAAUGAUGAUCAAUUUGUCACACCCAUCAAUAGCCUUGUAGAAGGAUUGAACCUUAACAUAGCUGAAAUUAAUACACCUCCAGCUAAAGAAAUAAGCAACUUGAGCCUAUUAACUCCUGGCAGCAGCAGCAGCAGCUAUAAUUCACUUGGCUUUGAUAAAUCAGAAGAUUCCUUGUCAGAUCAAGAGGGGUCUUUCCAAGAACUGCUUCAAAAACGUAAUGAAUCAUCUAGCUUUCUAAAUUCUAAAAGAAAAAUAAGAAAACUACAGUGCUCAAGAAAAUUAUCCACACUUUCAGAACGUGGCUCACAAUCGGAAAAAGAGGAAGACUAUGAUACUACUCCCGCUAAUUUAAAAUGCAAACUAAAAAUAGCAGCUUGCGCUUUCAGUGAAGAGAGUGAAUUGGUUUUUAACGAGGAUGACAAUAAAUGCAUGGCUCCAAAACUUGGGAAUCUAUCACGAACCCCAGCUUUGCAAGUAAUUUCUGAGCUCUUCAUGCAAAGCAGAAGUAAAAUAACCGAACAAAAUGUCCUGUUAAAGAAUAUUGAUGGAACUGAUAUGUCUGUGCUGAAAUGUAUUGUUGAUCACCUCAUUGGCAAGAAAAUGGGCAUCGAAAAACUAGAUAUAUUAAUAGAAUUAAGAGAUCGAGACUUAAAACAUGUUCUUACUAUGAUUUUAGAUAUCCUAACUGUGGAAAGCUUAUGCAGUAUGUGCAAAGUAAGCAAAAACUGGCAAGAAAUUGUUGUACAGGAUAAGCAUGCAAAUCGGAGGAGGAAGUUAUACAUAAAACAGCUGAGAUUGGAAGAUAAGGGAUGGAUACCAGAUGCUGAAGAUGCUGCAACUAGACUUACGAUGACUAGAUUUGCACUACGACCAGUCCAGGCUCAAGCAAAAUCUGCUGCAUUGCAAAUGCAGUCCUCUUGCAAUGCAUCUUUGACACCUCUGGGAUGCAGCCCUAUUCGUCAAUCAAGUAGAAAACAAGAUGCAUAUAUAAAGGUUGCCCAAACUCUCUUCAGUGAUGAAGCUUUAAAACCCUGUCCAAGGUGUCAGUUUCCUGCAAAAUACCAAUCCUUAAAACAACGUGGACUCUGUAGCAGGGAAGACUGUGCAUUUGACUUCUGUCUUUUAUGUCUAUGUGCCUUCCAUGGGUCAAGAGAAUGUAGCAGUUCAUCCACCAAACGACAAAAUAGAAAAGAUGCUUUGCCAGGAAGUGCCAAAAGCAAGAGAAACUUAAAACGUCUCUAA